GGGUACAGAAGACACACGUCCGGAGAGUAAAGGCUACAGAAGUCAGACCCCUUGUUGCAAUGUUUGGACUAUCAGAUUAUUAUUUUGCAUUACACACGCCGGAGUUGCAAUGAAGGCUGGAGCCUCGUCCAUGUGGACUUCAUGCUGUGGUUUGCUGAACGAAGUCAUGGGCACAGGGGCAGUUAGAGGCCAGCAGCCAGGAUUUGGAGGUGGUGCUGGACCCUUCCGAUUUGCCCCCAGUGCGGGAUACUCAACAUACCCGCCUACAACCUCAGGGACUCCCAGUUCUGUAUGCAAGGCCUGUGGCCAGGCCUUCUCAGUCUUUAGAAGGAAGUAUAUCUGCUGCGACUGUAAGAAGAGCUUCUGCUCACUAUGCUCCGUGCUGCAGGAGAAUCUACGCAUAUGUGCCACAUGCCACUUGCUAAGGGCAACUGCCUUCCAGCGACCCCAGCUCAUGCGUCUACGGGUCAAGGACCUGCGCCAGUACCUGCUGCUGCGCAACAUUCCCACAGACACCUGCAGGGAGAAAGAGGACCUGGUGGAUCUGGUGUUGUGUCACCAGGCUGCUGAAGAGGAGGGGGAUGCAGAUACAGCUAGCCUCAAUUCCCACUCUCUCUAUACGCCGCCCCCCUCUGCCACCCAAUCUGCCUCAGAGCUGUCGACUCUCGCUGCCUCUCAGGAGGAACCACUUAGCAGGAGUGAUAGUUCUGAUACCAAUCAGGAUAUAGGUGAUGCCACGUCAGUCUCCCUCCUCAACUUGGACCACCCUCCUGAGGUGAGCCCACUGACGCGGCGACGAGCCAGAGCCUCCCUCUCAGACAUCUCUAGUCUAGAUGACAUUGAGGGUCUGUCUGUGAGGCACCUGAAGGAGAUUUUAGCAAGGAAUUUUGUCAACUAUUCAGGGUGCUGUGAGAAGUGGGAACUGGUGGAACGCGUCAGCAGAUUAUACAGAGAGACGGAGGAGAACAGGAAAUCAUUGGAAAACGUGAGCAGUACAGUAACUGCAGAUGGUGAGAAGGGUCAGCUGAGGAACCACGAUGACAACCUCUGCAGGAUCUGCAUGGACGCAGUGAUUGACUGUGUCCUCCUGGAGUGCGGUCACAUGGUCACCUGCACCAAGUGUGGUAAGAGGAUGAGCGACUGCCCUAUCUGCAGGCAGUACGUUGUGAGGGCUGUGCAUGUCUUCAAGUCCUAAUGCACCUGAACAGCUCUGCACUGACAGCUGCUGCUGAAGAGCAUCUCUCUCUGAAGGUUUGCCACUGGCAAGGCUGAAACUGUAUCCUCACCCAACCAUGCAGCUCACAACCUUAGACUCCAAAAGACUAAAUUUGUUGGUGAUCCAUGUUUGUAUUCCCCAAAUUCUGAUAUGGUUUGCACAUUGAAUGAUACAUGUUAUGGGAAAUGUGUUUUUAUUUUAUCAAGAAUUUCACUUUCCAGUUUGAUUAAUGGCAGAAAAAAAAAAGUGUUGGACUUAUACUCUUCUAUGAGUCAUUCCUUAACUAAACAUAUCCGUGUAAUGUGUUCAUUCCUAAAUGUCUGUCUGGCUUUUCUUACAAGCGUUGAACUUGAACAAGAAUGUGUGGUACUCAGCUAUGUGCAAUCUUGGCUUGCGGAACCUCUCGCCCUCAAAUCUAUGAACUGUAGCUAGCAUUCUGAGAGUACUCAGCACAGCACUUCUUUUUACACUUGCUGCAAACAACUACAUAUCUUAGUAAAAUCAAGGAUGAAGACAUUCGGAACUUCACAGCACGAGAGUGGGGGCGAGUGAUCUAGGUGCCAAAUAACGGGUUAUCCCUUCAUAUUUUUCACUUUUUUUCUCUGCCGUGUGAGCCAGUGUGUGGCUGUUGAUUGUUUAGCAUGUUAUCCCAGGAAGCACUUUCAGAUUGUGCACGUGUUGCUACACCACUGCUUACAAUCCACUGUAAACCUCACCGAGUAAUGGGGGGUUGGAGGCGGUAUGUCUCCCAAUUCACGAGUACCUGUCCAUACUAGAGGUUGUCUGAUUGUUUGAUCGCCUCAAAAAAAAGAAAGAAAAGGGAAUACAUCUUUUCCUUUAUUUUGACAGUUGGGGAAAUAGAAAUGGAGACACAGUAGAGAAAGCUCCUGGAGGAUUUGAUUGUAGGCCAGUGAGAGCACACGCUUAACAUCUCUGAGGGCAAAUAUUUUGCAGCAAAGGGGAAAAAAAGGCGAGUUUCAUUUUUGCCAUCCGUAUUUCAAGUCUGGGAUAUUACCAAUUUAGAUGACUAAGUAUCUGCACAAUCAAGUGGCUCCACAAGCUAAUUUUGCCACCUGUGAAAAAUGAGAGCUUACAUCCACCACUUAGAAUUGUUUCUACGUGAUCUAAUUAACUUUGAUUAAUCAGCCUACCUCUAGUCUGUACCUGUCAGGUAUCAUAUCAUACAGAUAGGUCAUAUGUGAUUUUACAACAUCUGUCAAAACAGCAAUAUCUCCUUUGUCACAUUCGUUCUCAGCACUUCUGUUGAGACAAAAUAGAAAACCGGUGCUAAUUCAUUCAGCCAUCUUCCGUGUUUUGCAAAUUAAAUGUGGAUGUGAUUUUCUGAAUGUUUUCUGUUUUAUUAUAUAUUAUUGGGAGUGGAAUGAAGUGUCUUAAUGCUUUUAGUUGAAUUGUUUCACAUAGUUGUAAAAUAUUGAAUGAACUAUUCAAAGAUAUAGCUACAAGUUUACUAACACCUGUUAUAGAGAAUAUAUAGAAAAAGAGACUUGCUGUACAGUUGCAUAUAUAUUGAUCCAUAUCACGAUGAGAUGUACAUAUCUAUUUUUUUUCCAUUUGAUCUUAAUUGUGUAAUAUCAAAUUAUUGAAAUGUCUCUGGGGUUGGGUUAGUUUAUUACUAGAUUUGUGUCUUCCUUUCAAGUGGUUUGAAAUAUGUCCUUAGGUUUGCCUGAAGUCUGUCCAUCUUUGGAGAACCAGAGCAUGACUUUAUAAGCCUUUAUGGCACUGGAUUUAAGAACCCCUGCCCCCUUUUCGUGAUCCAAUUUCCUGGGUUUCUUUCUCCCUGUCCUGCCCAUUAAAAACAAUACAACUCUGUACUGUACUGAAAAAGUCAACAUUGCUGCUAUUUUAGAAAACGAUGUCUCAUGCAAUCAACAACAGUAGCUAAAGCAAGUUGCACUUUUCCUUCAGAAAGGGUGUUAUUGUGUGCAAGGUCUGGUCUUUGUAUUUGGGAAAGUUAAACUUUUUAUUUUGAUAAUUAAAGAUUUUAAUCAAAGUCACUUAUCUUUUUGGAGACCAUUGCAAUAAGUAGAUUGUCAUUUUAGUAGUAGUGAGUAGACAUUGGUAGCAGUAAAUAAGUAGUAAUGGGGUUUAGCACAACAAAAUGAACAGAUAUAUUAGAAGAAACUCUAAAAUGCAAACAGUCAUCGAUUACGUAUCUUCAUCAGGACUUAAAUUCCUGUCCAAUUACGCCAAGCUAUAUCAUUAUGCAUGUGCAACCAUGUGCACAUGACAAGUCAAAGCAGUGCCAUGAUCCCCAGUGGCAAGACUGUUUGUAGCCCUGAUCUAUUCGGUUCCAUGAAACAAAUGUCCAGGGAAAAUCAUGAAUUCUCAUUGAACGGCUCAUGGCUUGUACAAAUGAAAUAGACUUUUAAUGACAUAUCAGCAAUCGGUUUUAAAAUUUACAAAUAUAAACAUUGUUACCACACUCACUUGAGGUGGUAUCAGGGCUAUCACAGCACUACACACAUCCCAGGAGGGCCAAAAUUUACACAAACUACAUCUAGUCUGAUAAUGUUACAUAAGAAAACAAAAACAGUUUUGCAGGUAAGCUCUGAGCACUUGUUUCAAACCAGUUUGGCAGGUGUUUGCCAGGUGGCGUUUACUGCAUGAAGAGAAAAAUCAGUUUUAAACAGUCACAGCAAAAUGAUGUUGAAUUGACUUUAAAGAUAACUUAUGUGAUUAUCUUAAAGUUUUCAAAUCAAAUAUUACAUGCCCCACUUCUGUGUGAUACUCAUGUCAAUUAAGACCUACCAAAUAGAUGAAUAAAUACCAAAGAGAAAUAAGUUAACAGAAAUGAUAGAAAAUGUUCUCA